AUGGAGAGGAUCAUGAAGGCUCAAGCAUUGAGGGACAGCAGCAUGAGCUCUUACAUGUCAAGCAAGAAGACUAUGGAAAUCAAUCCUGACAAUGGCAUCAUGGAAGAGUUGCGAAAGAGAGCUGAGGCGGACAAGAAUGACAAGUCUGUCAAGGACCUUGUGUUGCUGCUGUUUGAAACUGCCCUGUUGACUUCCGGUUUCAGCCUGGAUGAUCCGAACACAUUUGCUGCAAGGAUUCACAGGAUGUUGAAGCUGGGUCUUAGCAUUAAUGAGGAUGAGGCUGCUGCUGAUGAUACCGACAUGCCUGCUUUGGAGGAAGAUGGUGCUGAGGAGAGCAAGAUGGAGGAAGUGGACUAA